CUGCGCGCCGGCCUCGGAGCCUCGGGCGCCUCCCGCGCGCGCGCGCGCCAUGAAGCUGUUGCGGCGCGCGUGGCGGCACCGGACGGCGCUGGGCCUCGGCGGCCUGGCGCUCUGCGGCGCCGGGCUGCUCUACCUGGCCCGCUGCGCCGCGGACGGCCCCCGCCCGCCACCCGGCCGCAGCCCCGCGCCCGCCGGGCCCGCACGCGCCGCCGCCUUCCUGGCCGUGCUGGUGGCCAGCGCGCCGCGGGCGGCCGAGCGGCGCAGCGUCGUCCGCGGCACGUGGCUGGCGGCGGCGCGGCGCGGCGGCCCGGGCGACGUGUGGGCGCGCUUCGCGGUGGGCACGGGCGGCCUGGGCGCCGAGGAGCGGCGCGCCCUGGAGCGCGAGCAGGCGCGGCACGGCGACCUGCUGCUGCUGCCCGCGCUGCGCGACGCGUACGAGAACCUCACGGCCAAGGUGCUGGCCAUGCUGUCCUGGCUGGACGAGCACGUGGCCUUCGAGUUCGUGCUCAAGGCGGACGACGACUCCUUCGCGCGGCUGGACGCGCUGCUGGCCGAGCUGCGCGCGCGCGAACCCGCGCGUCGCCGCCGCCUCUACUGGGGCUUCUUUUCGGGCCGCGGCCGCGUCAAGCCCGGGGGCCGCUGGCGCGAGGCCGCCUGGCAGCUCUGUGACUACUACCUGCCCUACGCGCUGGGCGGCGGCUACGUGCUCUCGGCCGACCUGGUGCACUACCUGCGCCUCAGCCGCGAGUACCUGCGCACGUGGCACAGCGAGGACGUGUCCCUGGGCGCCUGGCUGGCGCCGGUGGACGUCCAGCGCGAGCACGACCCGCGCUUCGACACCGAGUACAAGUCCCGCGGCUGCAGCAACCAGUACCUGGUGACCCACAAGCAGAGCCUGGACGACAUGCUGGAGAAGCACCAGACGCUGACGCGGGAGGGCCGCCUGUGCCGGCAGGAGGUGCAGCUGCGCCUGUCCUACGUCUACGACUGGUCCGCGCCCCCCUCGCAGUGCUGUCAGAGGAAGGAGGGCAUCCCCUGAGCUGCGGCCGCCGCCCGACGGUGCGGGGCAGCGGCUGAGGCGGCCUGGCGCGGGCACAGCCGACGGGUUCUGGCUGGUUGUCCAGCAGGAGCCCAGCCCUCCAGGGGACCUGGUUUCUGCGGCCACCAGCGCAGGGUUUGCAGGCAGACGCCAAGCGUCGGUGGACAGCUUGCGGGUCCUCACUCCACUGCGCCCCGAGGGCCGUGCACCGGGGCGGCCACCACAGGGCCUGGCUCGGGAGCCUCUCGUUCUGGGUCUGGGAGAGCCCUGGGGCGUACCAUCGCGACACCUCAUGUCCAGGUAGAAACGUCUCGUCCCUGGAUCGCGGCCAGCAUCGGCCUGGCUGUGCAGAUGCCCAGCCUUGUAGCCGUGCCCCAACCUGUCCGUUCGCCGGCCUCUCCUGAGGUGGAGGCAGGUGUUGAGAGGCCGGCGCUGACGGGCACUUGGGGACCCUGACCGCAGAGAAAGAAUCUGGACUCGUUCAGGGGCGGGGACUGUGUCCCGUCAGGCAUCCUGUGGUGACUGUCCACGUAGGAACUUGCAGGGCCAAGAGCCGUGGCUGCAGGGAACUGACUCUCAGGCCCUUGCAUGUUGCCACUUCGCUGCGUUGCACUCCCGUGGCUUUUAAUCAAAACUGCUGUAGAUUUAUUGAGUUAGGUUACCUCCUUUCACGUUUCACAUUGGAACUGUUUGUCACGUGUAUGUCCAAGAUUUAACUCGGUGUUAUUGUUACUUAGCUUCAGUGUUAUCUUGGUCUGUGUUGGUCCAGAGUGAACUUGUGAUAAAUGUGAUUCGGCACCA